AUGUCGCUACCAGGUUCCUCACAGGGCCAGGCCUGGAGCCUGGAGCCUCCUGCGCCCACGGCCUCCUCCUCCUCAUCUUCGGGGUCUCAGGAGCCGGAGGGUGCGGGCAGUCCAGGGCUCUCUGCCGGGCUUCCCUUAGAAAAAGUGAAGCGGCCCAUGAACGCGUUCAUGGUGUGGAGCUCCGCCCAGCGCCGCCAGAUGGCGCAGCAGAACCCAAAGAUGCACAACUCCGAGAUCUCCAAACGUCUGGGCGCACAGUGGAAGCUGCUCGGCGAGGAUGAGAAGCGGCCCUUCGUGGAAGAGGCUAAGCGGCUCCGAGCCCGGCACUUGCGCGACUACCCCGACUACAAGUACCGGCCCCGGCGCAAGACCAAGAGCCCGGGCGCCGGGUCGCCCCACUUCAGCCAGGGAGGCGGCAGCGUGGCUGGCGGCGGGCCCAUCUGGGGACCGGGUUAUGCGACCACCCAAGGGACCAGAGGCUUCGGGUACCAGCCCCCCAACUAUUCAACAGCUUACCUGCCCGGCAGUUAUGGCUCUUCUCACUGCAAACUUGAGGCCCCUUCUUCAUGCUCCCUCCCUCAGAGUGGCCCAAUGCUCCAGGGUGAGCUGCUCACCCCCUAUAGCUCUCCCUAUAGGCCCUCUGGCUCUCCCACCGCAUACAGCCCUUCUCUCUCUGGUUCCCCCAUGCCCCUAACCCACCUCUAA